UGCAUCCAUGCCGUCCUGCGCAGCUCUAUGCGAGCCUUGCAGCUUCUUCACGCACAGCACCGAGCACCGAAUUCCGAAUUAAGCCUAGAACUUACCAAGACCAAACUAAGAACCUUGAUGGCUAAGCCGAGCUUCAUACAAAUAGGGCUAUGCCAAGGAAUUCCAGCGAAUCGGCGUUGGCCUGGUGGGGGCCAGCUGACGAUUCUUCUUCUAUUAUAGCUGUAAGCCGAAGCCGAAGCGUCUUUGUUCAGCAACUUUCAACCCGUCUUCAGAUCAGCUUAUAUCGGAGUCGAAAAGUUUUCGAUUGGCGGCUUCGGUUCUGCAGAUUGUGAUUGAAUUGCGUCUGCUUGCUUUGCUUUUCAUUCGUCACACCUAUCAAUGGAGGACCAUGCGUAUGCGCCAUUACUCCUUCGCCGAAAUGGUCGGCCUCAGGCAUGCGAUCCAUGCCGCAAGCGCAAAUUAGCCUGCGACCAUACACAGCCCGUAUGCAGUCGGUGUAAAAAGAGAAAACAAGAAGCGGAUUGUGUGUAUAUCGUUUCGGAUGGUAACUCUAAGCCACCGGAGUACAAAAGUCCGUUGCCGUCUCCAGUAUCUUCUGCCGCAUCGGGAGCUCGGAGCGGGACUCCUCGGCCAGUCCAAAAUGCUCCGGUAGCGAGACCCGAAGUACAGGUCCUAGGCCUUGCACGACCCGGCUACCUUGGCCCAACGAGUUACUGUAACAUUUACGAGGAUACCGAGAAUAGCCUGUCGCUUCUUCAAGGGGUGGGAAGCGCUACUCCUCCACAACAUGAGAGUGUUGCGCCACGCGACCCCAUCAAAGUCCCGGAGAAGAUUAUGCCCCCUCGGAUACGUGAGAUAUGUCUUGCGGUGCUUCGCACAAUACCCGAUCCAGACCAAGGCUCCAAACUCUACUUCAAGCACGGGAGCGAUGGCUGGGUACGUCCUGUCGCGUUGCGAAUGGUGAAAUCUUUCUAUCAGACGUUUGGCCACUACUUCACGGCACAGCACAGGUCAACGGCUCAACUAGAAGAAUUAGCUCGGAUACUUUGCGCAAAUACUGCUCGACCCGUCUCCGAUGAUGAACCGAAUCCUGAGCGGUGGGUUAACCAAUUCAUGGGUGAAAAUACGCGAUGGGAGCUCAUAGGGGUGUUAUCCAUAUUUUGGGUGUUUGUUCCGAGCUCGGAUGCUGCUGCGUGGUGGAGAGGGAAACGGACCGCCGAAUUUGAUCGGAAUUUUAGCAUAAUGAGGGAGAAUCUACGCCUUUGCACUGAAUUGUGUAAAGAGUUCUCCGCCGGGAAUGCUUUGAUGCUUUACCUGACACAGAGGCGCACUGCUAUCGAUUCCAUGUCUCUUGGCGAUGCUAGUUUGGUCGUGUGGAGGUCACACGCGGAGGCAGUCUCGCUAUUGACUUUCCUUGGGUUCCACGCCCUCGAAGAAACGGACCAACGUCAGAUGUCUAUGUCGCUUGAGAUAAAGAAGAGGCUAUUUCAUCACUUGUUUGUGAUGGCCAUGGUGGUCGUUUCUUUCACCGGACGGCCUCCCCUUCUUGUAUCUCGAUACUCGUCAACCCCUUUACCCCUCGAUAUUAGCGACGACGAAUUAUUUUCCGACCACGAGACUUUUAUGAAAGCUAUCGGACGUCUCGACGAAAAAGGUUGGAAUACUGAUGGAAAAUUGCAUACUUCUACUCGUAUACGUGCACGGUCGAUUCUUGCUUCAAUUCGGGAAGAGAUUUUUGAAAUCGCUCUGGGUUGUAACCAAACUGCGUCUAUUGAGACUCUACUCCAACUUCGAGCACGGGAGCUACAAACGGUGACGGAGUUCCCCGCUUGCUUACACUUUGACUUGCGGGAUCUCGAGAACUAUGAGGUUCCGUCAGAAACGAUGUCUUCAAGGCUAUUUGUGAAACUGGAACACUUACAGAAUAUGUUUUUCAUUGAAAGGCUCUUGGUUCGAAGUGGUCAUGAGGACAAGGGCGAUCUGUUGGGAACCAGUUAUGACUUGGUUACACUAACUUUACCUUGUUACCUUAACUUGGAUAGGCUAGCAGCCUUUAGGAACGAUUGCGAAUGGCUAGUUAUGGCGUACGCUGUUCCUGCCGGCGGUAUCCUAUGCUUGGAACUUCUGAAGCCGACACUCCACAUCAAACCUCAUAGAGACCCUCGUAUUACUCGGUCUAACAUUAUCCAGAAGCUUAGUCUGCUUGUCGCAUACUUGCACUGGGUUUCCCCUUCGGGACCGAAUGGUGAUUUGUGUAGCGACGCUAAAUCGGUCAUACAGCGUGUCCUCGACCAAACGUUGAAUGCAGCAUCAAGCGUGUAUGAGCCGCCGGCGGUUUUCGAGUGGGACUUCUCGACCCAAGUAGAUUUCAACUUCGACCUUCUGGAUACAUUUGAUUGGAAUCGACCGGAUUUCCCUUUAAGCCAGCAAUCAAACCCGUAAUGAAAUUGUGCCUACUUAGACAUAGCGCUGGCGCCUCUGACGUAGGUGGUAUCAGACCUAAUGAUAACAAGGAUACGAUAGAGGCGGCCUAAUGACUGAUGCAUCCGCGGGAGUAUGAGGUGGCUAAAAUGAUAGAAGUGAGUAGAAGGGGAUCAUUGAUCUAUGUAAAUUAACGCCGUGGAUAUCAGGCUGUUUAGACGAUCGUAGGGGAUAGAGGUGCUUUGGUAUGGAUGCAAGUUUUGGAGGCGAUGAAGGCCUAACCAUGAAAGGGAAUGAAUAAAUUUAUGCAUCGUGAU